AUGACAUUCACGUCGGCUUUCAAACAAGUCACACUACAGCAACUAUUCAAUUUCUCAGAUGAUACAUGGACAAAAUUGACGGAGAGGAUAGGGAUGAGAUCACUUGAUGAUGAACUCGAGUUUUAUGAGCUUGUCGAGCUGGAUGCAGAAGGUGAAGCGGACGAUCAGACUUUCGAUGAUAUGAUGAGUUGCACAGUUUGA